UGACCCUUGAUCCUUAACCCUGCAGAACGGAUGUACCGUACAGUGCCUCUCUUUCGUUCCUCUGUCUCUCUUUCUCUUCGUGUCUCUGCGGAGAAAAACAUUUCCGUGUGACUCCGCUUUCUUUCGAAAAGUUUAAACGAUACACCGAGGAACACGAGACGGGAGAGUUCUGAGAGAGAGAGAAAAUAAAUGUGAAUUAUUUCACGCACACGGACUUCCGGGUGUUUUGCGUAAUUUUAUGUAACCUGGUUUCCAUCGGAAGGUGCGAACGAUGGGCUGAGAACGGGUGGAAAUUCCGAAAGGUACCGACCUUGACAUCAUCACGCGCACGUCUCUCUUCACGUUCACGCGCUGUGACCUGGGGGAAAAAAAACAUGGAUUAUUUCGCAUGAGCGAAUUUUUCCGCGCAUUCCCGCGCGUAGCUUUCCGUUUCCCUUUGAAAAGCACGAGUGGGCAGAUUGGGAAACGAGUGGACGUUCGGAGAGACCUCAGCCUUGAUAUCACCCGCAUGUUGUUCAGACUUUUUUUUUUUUAUCAUAGCGAUGACGUUACGUAGGUAUUAUGUGGGAGAGACGCGUUCGAAAUUAUUGACCGGUUGGAAAAAAGUGUAUGUAUAUAAUUUGAUUGACGAAAGAUAUUCCUCGCAGAGCCGACGACUACCGGCUCCGAGGAAAUAAAUAUUUUAUCUCUCGUGUAUCAUUUACUUAUUCUGUUCUGCUUCAUCCGAUAUCUCCCGGCGAGCCUUUCGGUCACGGUGACUAAACCGUUGGGAAAUCACCUCGGCGUUACCUCGAUCGGCGCUGUUCGCAAAAAAAGGACACGUCAUUGAAAUAACCAUCGAGAUACCGAAACUUCAUACGAGUGUCACUUUAAACUAGCCCGAGUCUGUUCACGUGGGACGUUUAAACCUCUGUCGAACAAGGAUCGCGGAUUCAAGAUCGGAAUUUGACCGGUCAUCGGGGCAGAGCGAGAGCCGAAAUCGAAAUUAUUCGAUUCGUCGAAUUCCAGUCUCCAAUCCGUAAUCCUCAAUCUCCAGUACUGUGUGUAGACGAGGAAGAGAGAGAGAGAGAGCCGUGUGCAUUCGGGACUCCGGCAUGGAGAAGCAGCUGGACAACCAACAGAAGACCUGGAGGAAGAAGGGCAUGAAGUCGAGCAGCGCGAGCGUCACCGAGGUGGCGACGCAGUGCGUGCAGGUGGUGGUGCGGUGCCGGCCGAUGGACGAGCGGGAGACCAGCCGCGGCUACACCCGGGUGGUCGACGUGAUCCCGUCCAGGGGUGUGGUCGAGGUGCGGCAUCCGCGCGACGACCCGUCCAGCGAGACCGUCAAGGUGUUCACCUUCGACGCGGUGUACGACUGGCACUCGAGCCAGCAGGAGUUGUACGAGGAGACGGUGCGGCCGUUGGUGUCCUCGAUCCUCGACGGCUUUAACGGCACUAUCUUCGCGUACGGGCAGACCGGCACCGGCAAGACCUACACGAUGGAGGGCACGAAGACGGACCACGAGAGACGCGGCGUCAUUCCGCGCUCCUUCGAGCACAUCUUCAAUCACAUCGGUAGAUCGGAGAACAUGCAGUACCUGGUCAGGGCGAGCUACCUGGAGAUCUACCAGGAGGAGAUACGCGACCUUCUGCACCCGGACCAGAGCCUGCGCUUCGAGCUGAAGGAGAAACCGGACAUCGGGGUGUUCGUGAAGGACCUGUCGAGCGCCGUGUGCAAGAGCGCCGCGGAGAUCCAGCAGCUGAUGAACGUCGGCAAUCAGAACCGGACGAUCGGCGCGACCAACAUGAACGAGCACAGCUCGCGUUCCCACGCGAUUUUCAUGAUCACGAUUGAGAUGGGCGGGAUCGGCGACACCGGCGGCAUCCGGGUGGGCCGAUUGAACCUGGUCGACCUCGCCGGCAGCGAGCGGCAGAGCAAAACCGGCGCUUCCGGCGAGAGACUGAAGGAGGCGAGCAAGAUCAACCUGAGCCUGUCGGCAUUGGGCAACGUCAUCUCGGCAUUGGUGGACGGUAAAACGACGCACGUGCCGUACCGGGACUCCAAGCUGACGAGGCUUCUGCAGGACUCCCUCGGCGGCAACUCCAAGACGAUCAUGGUGGCGAACAUCGGGCCGGCCAGCUACAAUUACGACGAGACCCUGACGACCCUGCGCUACGCGAACCGCGCGAAGAACAUCAAGAACAAGCCGAGGAUAAACGAGGACCCGAAGGACGCGCUGCUGCGGCAAUACCAGGAGGAGAUCGGCCGGCUGAAGGAGAAGCUCGCGCAGAGGGGCGUCGUGCAGAAGAAGAAGAGGAGGUCGAGGAGGAAGAAGGAGGACGAGGCGAUCGACUCGGAGUCCGAGGAGACGGAGGACAGCCGGGGCGAGGAGAACAACAAGGCGGCCGGGACCGACAAGAAGCUGAUCGCGGAACAGCUGCGGGCCGAGAAGCAGGAGACCGAGAACCUCGUGCAGCGCAUCAAGGACCUCGAGAGCAAGAUGCUGUGCGGCGGCAAGAACAUCAUCGACCACACGAACGAGCAGCAACGGGCGCUCGAGCAGAAGGCGGCCGAGAUCGCGGAGCGCAAGAGACGCGAGGUCGAGAUGCAGCAGAAGCUCGAGGACGAAGAACUGACGAUGGUGGGGGUGCGGGAGACCUACACGACGUUGCAGCAAGAGGUGGACGUGAAGUCGCGCAAGCUGCGCAAGUGCUUCACCAAGCUGCAGGCGCUGAAGCAGGAGCUGGAGGACGUCACCAGCGACUACAACCGGGACAGGCGCGACCUCGAGCAGGAGCAGCACGAGCUGAUGAAGGAGCUCAAGCUCAAGUACCUCAUCAUCGAGAACUUCAUCCCGGAGGAGGAGAAGACCAAGAUCCUCUCCAGGAUCCAUCUGGACGAGGAGGAGGACUGCUGGGUGGUGAAGGAACCGGACCCGUCCGGCGUCGACAUCAUCAGACGGCCGACCUCCCUGCCGGGGACGCGCCGACCGGUCUCGGAGUACGCGCGGAUCGCCCUCGCGAUGGGACGGGGCUGCCGGUAUGCCGGCGAGAACAUCCUCAACCUGGACCUCGACAUGCCGGCGCGCACCACCCUGGAUUAUCAAGGGCCGGCGAUCGCGCCCACGAUUCAGGCCGUCCUCGAGGAGGCGCUGCGCGACGAGGGCGACAUCGAUGUGGACGCGUCGAGCACGAGGCUACGGGCCAAGCCGCGGCUGCAGUCGGCGACGCGGGUCAGGCCGAAGAGCGUCGCCAAGGUGCAGCAGAUCCCGGCGCCGGUUUACCCCAAGACGAGAGGCCUCGUACCGAAGUAAAAAGAAAACGCGAUCAAACCCCGACCACACGCUUCUCCUUUCUUCGUUCUUCACGGGAGAUGUACAUAUUGUAUUGAACGGCGUGUGCCCUAGUGCUUUAUUUAAAUGUUCGCGGAUAUUCGGCAGCCGACACGCCGGGACGAGAGAGAGAGAGAGAGAGAGGGCGGACGCGUCUUUGUAAUUCUCUAGUCAUUGUGCAAUGCGUUAACACACAUACACACACACACGAUUAUCGCUACGUCGGGCAUGUAACUGUUGUGAUAAUAUAACGUGAAAUAGAUCCUCCCUUCGGUUUUC